GGGGAGCGCAGCGGCCCCGGCCCGGCCAUGAGGCUGCGCGCCGCCGGCAUCCUCGGCUGCUGCUGCUGCCUGCUGCCCCUCGUGCUGCCCGCAGCCCCAGGCGUGAUCUGUAAAGCUGGCUGCCAUCCAGAGAAUGGAUUCUGUGAAUUUCCCAGUGAAUGCAGGUGUCAGCCUGGCUGGCAGGGUGCACUCUGUAACCAGUGUGUUCCUUUCCCCGGGUGCUUGCACGGCAGCUGUGCCAAGCCCUGGCAGUGCAUCUGCGAGGAGGGCUGGGUUGGCAGCCUCUGUGACAUAGAUAUUCACCCAUGUUCAGCAAAGCCCUGCACCAAUAAUUCAACGUGUAUAGAGACUGGUGAUGGAGGAUAUAUUUGUCUGUGUGCCCAGGAAUUUACAGGAAAAAACUGCCAUCUCAAGAAAGGACCCUGCAUUAUUAAUGGUUCUCCCUGCCAGAAUGGAGGAACAUGCAUUGAUGACAAUGGUUUUGCACCCCAUGCUUCCUGUCUGUGCCCUUCUGGUUUCGCUGGCAACUUCUGUGAGAUAGACAGAGAUGACUGCGAAUCCAGCCCGUGUGAGAAUGGAGGAACCUGCACAGAUGUUGGAGUGGGUUUCAGCUGUUCUUGUCCCCCUGGCUAUACAGGGAAGCUCUGCAGCAGCCGUGUCACUUUCUGUGCGAGUGGCCCGUGUGAGAACGGGGGCACUUGCAGUGAGCAUCCCCAGGGAGGGUUCGAGUGCAUCUGCAAACCAGAAUUUGUUGGCGUGACCUGCAAACAUCCCAGCAAAAACACAAGCCUCUCUGGAAUGAAUGUGGAAAUGAAGCAUAUGCAGAAUUACAAGCCACCCUCAAAAGCUCACCACAGAUCAGUGCACCAACAACAAGAAAUCCUGAAAAUAACAGUGAAAGAAACAAUUCAAAAUGCAGAUCCCUUAAUGAGCAGAAGCCAGGUGAUAUGUUUUGUUGUGCUGGGCUUGCUUACGUGUCUUGUUGUCUUGGGUACAACUGGGAUUGUUUUCUUUUCAAAAUGUGAAAUGUGGCUUGCUAAUGCCAAGUAUAGUCAUCUCCUGCGCAAGAAAAAGAACUUUUUUCUGAAGUCUAACAAUGGGGAAAACCUCUCAGUUAAUAUUAUCUUCCCAGAGAAGAUCAAAUUGACUAAUUACACUAAGAACUACACUGCCAUCUAGGCCCUUGAAAGCCCAGCAGCAUCUUGCAACUUUUCAUAGCAAUAUGUAAAAUUUAUUGCCUGUGUUUGGCCUCAGUAUUUGUGUGUAUAUUUGCUGUAAAUUGUUCUGAGUGACAAUGAAGAAAUGUAAUGGAUCUGUCUUGCUAAGGAUUUUUUCAUUCCCCAAAAUAAAAGGUAAAAAAAAAAAAAAA